CGGCGAAAGCACGCCCGCAUCGCGCUAUACGCCACGCGGCAUGCACAGGAACCGAAUCGAGAGAACCGCGUCCAAGCGAUGGCGGGGCUCCGUGAGGCGGAUCGUCGCCGCUACCAUUUAUAACCUUUCCUGCUUCACACACGGCUGCAGCACUGGCUGGGUGUCCGGGGUACUAGGAGAUGAGGCGCUGACUGGAGGCGCGUGGCUGGCCGCGCUGCCGUGUCUGGUGGCUCUACCAGCUGCACCGUUCUUCGCUGUGCUGGCUGACGCUAGAGGCAGGAAGGCUGGCGCUCUGUGCGUGUGUGUAAGCUUUAUUCUGAGCUGUUCCCUCGCAGCAUGGUGCGGGCCGCGCGGCGUGUGGGCGGCGCGAGCGGCGGCGGGCGCGGGCGGCGCGGGCGCAUUAGCGCUGGCGCCACUCUACUGCGCAGAGAUCGCGCCACGGACCCGGGGGCUGGCGGCCAUGCCGGCUUUGGCUUGCAGCAGUGGCAUUCUAUUCGCAUACGCAGCGGGAGGUAUGCUGUCUGCGCAUGGUCUUUCGUUGUCGAUGGCGGUGCCACCAGCUGUUUUACUGGUGUCUCUGCUCUGGUUGCCCGAGACUCCCUCCUUCCUCAUCAGCGUUGGGAGGAUGCAGGAUGCAGCCAAAGUAAUGUGCUGGUUCGACGGGUCUGACUUCCAAGAGGACCUGACAGACGUGAUUGAGCAGCAGGAGGUCCGUAUCAGGACCUCUGACGGCUAUGGGAGGAAAGACAUGCGGCGGCAGGACUCCGACACCUUCCAACCCAUGCUGAAGAGAGUCAGUGGACUUGACUCCACUUCUGAUCGGAGGAGUGAGCAGUCCGCUUGCAGGGAACUUUUCCGUCACAGGCGCUCACGCCGCGCGCUGCUGUCGUGCGUGGUGGUGGUGUGUGCGGCGGCCGGCAGCGGCGCGGGCGCAGUCAACAGCUUCGCGGCCGCCGUGCUGCGACACUCCGCGCACACGGUGCCGCAUCUCAACCUCACUGUCUAUAACUAUACUAUUUAUAACGGGACUACUCCUCGGGCCCUGUUUGAGACAUCAGAAGCUGGCUCCAUGUUGUGUGGGACGGCGUUGGUGCUUGGUGCUGCUGUAGCCACUGUUACUGUGGACAAACUUGGCAGAAAGAUGCUACUCCUGUGGUCUUGCUCAGGCAUUGCCUGUUGCCUGGCCAUUCUGGGCGUCUACUGCGACCCUCGCCUCCGCCUACAGUCCCUAUACUCCCACCGCCUAUGGCCUUACAAAAGAUCCACCAUCAAGGACAGAACUCUUGACAACCUCAACUUGACAUACCAGGAUACCACUAAGAAUGUAUCUAAUGGUGAUAUUGGAAAGCCGUGGUAUAGGAUUGGCGUGAAAAAUGAUAGUUCUGGAGUCAAUGAUGUUACGAUGUCAAAACACGAGAGGAGCGAAGAAGACGACGCGAUGAUUUGGGCGCCCGUUACGCUACUUUCCAUGGUGUUGUUUUUGUACAACAUUGGAUUGGGAUCAGUGCCUUAUGUGCUUAUAUCGGAAUUGUUUUCUAUCAAUGUCCGCAGUCUAGCCUCAAGCUUACUUAUCUCCUGGAUGUGGCUCAGCAAUUUCCUUCUUCUACGCUACUAUGGCCCUAUGGCCGUCUCGCUCGGACUUCACAGCGUCUACUAUAUAUCUGCCUCUGUCACACUCCUGGGCGCCGCAUACAUAUACUUCGUAAUACCAGAGACAAAAGGAAAAUCUCAAGGGCAAAUACAGGAAGAGCUAGAUAGGCCACUAAUAGGCAAGAAAAAGAGGAAGACAGAAGAAACGCGAUGACAGUCGUUAGCAGGUAUACUGAUGGUGUUCAUACUGUUUUAAAUGUCGACGUGUGAAUCGUUUGCCGUGUUCUGUGGCCCUGGGGGUCAAAAAGGCCGCAAUGAAGCAAUUUACCUAAAAAGCAAUAUUGCUAUUUGUCAUUUCUUGAAAUUGCACACAUACUGUUAUAUGUGCAAAUGUCAAACUACAAUUUGAGAUGAAUUGCCUUUAUGUGGCCUAUUUAGACACCCUGGUAUCUGGUGCCGAGUUACGUAAUAAGAGUGUCAAAGAGAACGCCAAUUUUUUCUAGUGGAAACCAAUAUGACAGUUUUGAGUGUGAGGUCUUUUGUCGAUAUUCUGAAACGGUUACUUUCAGCUGUCACGAUUUUAAUAUAAGCCUUUACUCACUAUUGAGUAAACUCCGACAGGAACCCCCCCUUCAUUUUUGUGGAAAAAGAUUAUCGUCGUAAACAGCAUAUUAGAAAUAUUUUUGGCAUUCCAUCAUUGGUGAUUGUAUCAUUUAAUUUAUCUUGGAUCCCUUUUUUUGGGUGCAUUAUCGUAAAUACUGAUGUUCUGAUAAAUAUUACAAUAAUAUAUCUCUAUCUCUUUUGCUCCUCUCUAUCUUUAAGAAUACUAAUAUCAAAAUGAAACUUUGUGACUUAAAGAAAUCAAUAGAAAAGUAUUUAUUAAGCAAUUGUGUCCAUAACAUAUCGUAACAUAAGGACAGAGAGUCUAAAAGGCUACAUUGAAGCAAUUCAUCUAAAAAACCUAAACUGCAAUUUUACUUUUCAUAAAAGUAAGUGCGCGAUGACAACAAUUUUCAAAUAGCAAUUUUGCUUUUUAUAUGAAUUGCUUCUUCAAACCCCCAGAUUUAUCUUUCGAAAACAUUUCAAAAAUGCUCAACUUCAGGAGUUUGAAAGAAGAAUGAUUGUAUAACAAAAUGAAUGUAUAGUAUAUAUAUUUAUAUAUGUGUUGAUAUGAUAAAAUUACGUAUUUAUAGCCCCAAAAUUAUAACACCAAUAAUAUUAUUCCUAGUUAGUAAAGUAUUACCAAAAUAUGGUAAUAAAAAAGAAGAAUGGCAACCCUGCGUUGUUAAUUUCAAAGAACUACGUAACUGGGUAAUAAAUGGAAAUGAUACUAGAGAAAAUAUUUACAUACUUACUUACUUUCUGAUGCUGAUUUCAAUAUAUCUGUAUAUCUAAUUUUAUUUUAAGUUAUACCUGUCAUUUUCUUAUCCACCGAAAGAGAAAGAGACGGACCAUUAACACCUGUUAAUUUUAAAAUUAAUAACCCGUGGAAUAAAAUAGACAUCUCGCUAAUGUGCAACCCGUUUGACGUGUGCACUUAAUUUUGUCGGGUUAUUAUUAACAUGUAGGCGGUCUAUCACCCGUCUCUUUCCCUUUCAGCUGAUAAGAAAAUGACAGGUAUAACUUAAAAUAAAUUUAGAUGGUGUAUUCUAGAAUCAGCACCAAUAUAUUAUCAAUAUUUUCUCUAAACUUUAAAUCAAAUAGUGACUGCAGAA